AUCAACGGUACUUAGUUCAAUUAUAUAACAUAUUGUAAUAUUUACGUCGUCAUAUACAUCUGAAUAUGUUGGUUUGAAAUUUUUACGUUUAAUGUAUGAAUUAAAAAGAUGCAGUUUGAUUUAAUAUACAAAGAGAUCGGCGAAUAUGGGCGUUAUCAACGAUGGGUUGUAUGGGUGGCCUCGUCCACCAGUGCCUAUGCAGGACUUCUGAUUUUGACUUCAUUUUUCGUGUUAGCUAUUCCAGAACACAGGUGUGCAGUACCUGGUUGGGAGAAUGAUACAUACGCUAUACAGGAUGAUAAUCAUCUUGCUGCUAUAAAUAGAACGAUUCCUCUUGCUCCAAGUACCGAGGACUAUAAAUAUGAUCAGUGCCACUACAUUAAAAUCACCGACGAUGACACCGAAACGCUGGAAAAAUGCAAUCGUUGGGUGUAUGACAAGUCUAUCUUCAAGACAUCUCUUGGCGCUGAUUUAAACAUGGUAUGUGACAAGAAGAUAUUAAAAUCCAAUGCACAGAUGGUCAACUUUGCUGGAAUUUUUGCUGGAUCCUUUCUGACUGGGAUAUUCUCUGACAAGUUUGGGCGUAAAAUGACCAUGUGCACAUCAUUGACACUCAUCUUGUUUUGCUCUCUUGGAAUGGCCUGGAGUCCAAAUUAUGCUGUUUUUGUCAUUCUUACAUUUCUUGUCGGUUUCUUCAACGUGGGACACUGGAUGCCUGCAUUUGUAAUCAAAAUUGAAUUUGUUGGACCGUCAAUGCGGAAGUUCUCUGGUUAUUUAAGUUCCUUUAUGUCUUCGUUCGGUCAUAUUGGUCUUGCAGCGAUAGCUUAUGGAAUUCGGGACUGGAGUACCCUGCUUAUAGUUGCUUCUGUUCCGGGAGUUAUUUAUCUGCCUUUGUGGUUUAAAAGGGUAUUUCCAGAAUCAGCUCGCUGGCUUUGCACACGUGGAAGAAUAGAAGAAGCAAAAGCGGUAAUAAAUCGAUGGGCAAAAUGGAAUAAAGUAACAUUACCUGAAAAUUUUUUUGACAAAGUUAUGGUUGACGACGAAGAUCAAGGGCCUUUACAGGGUCAGAUUUGGAACCUAUUUUCUUCCAGAGUGCUUGGCAUCAGGACAGUGUUGAUAUUUACAAUAUGGCUAGUCGUGUGUUUAGGGUACUAUGGACUUGCUUUCAACAUUGGAGACCUUGGAAGCGACUUGUAUUUGAACUUUAUGCUACAGUCUCUGGUUGAACUUCCGGCAAAUAUACUGUGCCUGCUGAUACUGGAUCGGGUAGGUCGAAAACCAGUGAUGGUCGGGAGUAUGUUGAUUGGAGGCACUGCUCUGAUUGGAACGAUCUUUACCUUGUUGUAUCUGCCAGACAAACCAGUGGUUACAACAGUGCUUGCUCUCGUUGGCAAAAUGGGACUGUCUGCCGGAUUUUCAACCGUGUACAUAUUUUCCUCUGAAUUAUUUCCUACAGUAGUAAGAAACGCUGGAAUGGGUGCUAGUUCUUGUAUGGCUCGAGUAGGCGGCAUGGUCGCUCCAUAUGUGGCAGACUUGGACAGACUUGUCGGUGGCAAGUUUGGUGUAGCUCUACCUCAAGUUAUAUUUGGUAGUCUGUCUAUUGUUGGAGGAAUAGCGGCCAUAUUUCUUCCAGAAACUCUGAACAAAUACCUUCCAGAGACAAUCGAACAGGGAGAGAAGUUUGGAAAGAACGAUGAAAUGCCAGUUGAAAAGACAAUACACGUUGCAACUAUAGAAAAAGACGCAGAUACCACUAACUUUUAACCAUUCCUUAAAAGAAACUGUUAUAUAUUGAUAUCGGCGGUGACGAUGUUUGCCCAAAUUCAUAAUUUUAUGCGAAAUGUCUUUGUGGUCUUAAGUAUUUGUAAAGAUAGUGUCAUUACAUAUGAGUUUUCCGCUUAAACUGGUACUAUGGACAUAACGGGAGUUGCACAUUCCGUUAUGUUUCAUAAACAUACUCAUUCAAAUAGAGUCUGCUACUAUUUUGCUUUGUGAUAUUUUAUGCUUCCAAAGAUCUUUUUAUAGAUUUCAUUCAUAUUACGUGUGUGGCUUGAAAACAUGCCUUGUUGGAUGAGAUAGUGUAAAUUAAAUUAUUCCAAGGUGAACUAAAAUCCAGCAAUAAUAAAACUCGGUUGAAAAUAAAACAUAAAAAUAAUGCCAAUCCAAUGUAUGUACAUGUGUAUAGAAUAUACUGGUAUUUGUAGUAUACUAGGAUUGUUCCCAAACUAAUGCAACUCCAUAACUUUUCAUUAAAGGAACAGUUUGAAACAACUUCAAUGUACAUUCCUAUAUACCUAAUACACAAUUUCAUAAUUCUAUUUAUGAUUGAUAAUCUUCAAGAGGUAACUAUUAAGGCACUGAAUAAUAGCUGAACCCAAGGCUUUUCUAUAUGAAUAUCUGAGCCAUGAAAGAAACAUUUUCGGACUAGGAAAUAACAAAUAAUCACACUGGACCAGAUCCUGUGGAUAGGAUUGAAAUUCAAGCACAUGAGCAAUUUUAAAAGGUGGAUGUAUUUCAUUCCAUUUAAGGGUGGCGGUUUAAAAAUAUUUUUCAAAUCUUUUCUAUACAACACGUGUUUGGAACAGGAAUUCGCAAUGCAACGCCUCUCUUGUCUUUCAACUGCUCUUCCCAUUAACUUGAAACGUUUUAUCCAACGAAUAACGGUGCUAAAUGACACUAUUAUUUCCAUAAGUAUCACAGACCUCUUUAUAGAUUAUUUUGCACUUA